UCAUCACUACAUUCCUGUGUCUUUAUCUCACAUAAUAAUCCAGUUCUUCAUUCAUUCAUUCAUUCAUUCAUUCUCUUACUCUUUUGCUCUCUGGUUUGUAGACUCCAAAUGGAGACUGCAAACUCGUGCUUGAUUUUCUUCAUUAUUAUUGCUGUAAUGAUAUCUGUUUCUUCAGCUUCUCUCAAGGUGAGUUUCUAUAAAGCAAGUUGCCCAUCUGCGGAAGCCAUUGUGAGAAAAGCUGUGAAUAAAGCUGUGUCGAGGAAUCCUGGCAUAGCUGCAGGGCUCAUCAGGAUGCAUUUCCACGAUUGUUUUGUCAGGGGUUGCGAUGCUUCCGUGCUGUUGGAUUCAACGCCGGGGAAUCCAUCAGAGAAAGAACAUCCAGCCAACAAUCCAAGCUUGAGGGGCUUCGAAGUGAUCGACAAGGCUAAGGCUGAAAUCGAAGCGAAAUGCCCACAGACCGUUUCGUGCGCAGACAUCCUGGCGUUUGCCGCUCGUGACAGUGCCUUCAAAGUUGGCGGCAUCAACUACGCUGUGCCGGCUGGCCGCCGUGACGGCAGAGUUUCGCUCCGAGACGAGCCUUCCGGGAACUUACCGCCGCCUUCCUUGAACGCCCAGCAGCUUAAGGACAAUUUCGCUCGGAAAGGGCUUAGCCUCGAAGAAAUGGUGACCCUCUCCGGCGCACAUUCCAUUGGGGUUUCUCACUGUUCUUCUUUCUCCGACCGUCUGUACUCUUUCAACGCUACCCACCGGCAAGAUCCUUCACUAGACCCCAAAUUUGCCGGGGAAUUAAGGAAAAAGUGCCCGCCACCAUCAAAUUCCGGAUCCGGCAGCGAUCCGACCGUGCCGUUGGAUGUUCUUACACCAAACAGGCUAGAUAACAAGUACUACUCAGAUUUGAAGAACCACCGCGGUGUCCUAACCUCUGAUCAGACGCUUCUGAGCAGUCCCUCGACUGCGAGGAUGGUGAGGAACAAUGCGAGGCAUUCUACAGCCUGGGCUAACAAGUUUGCUUCUGCAAUGGUGAAAAUGGGUUCCAUUGAAGCCCUCACAGGAUCACAAGGUGAGAUCAGGAAGAAUUGCAGAGUUGUGAAUUAGAACUGCCUGUGUCAUGUUUGUUGAAAUGUCUCACUGGAAUUUGUUCUUUAUUUUUUCUUUCUUCUUCUUCUUUCCAUCUCGUUUAGUGUUUAUAAUCGGAUUGUUUCAUUAUUCAAGUGUAAAUUUUCCUAUCAUCUUGUGUGGAAUUUCUUUAUCCCCUGUUUGUAACUUGAAUUUGGUUAGAUGGUAUUUGAUAUUUAAAUGUAAUGUAUUUAAAUUUUAUCUAAAUACAUAUAUUUAAAAUUA